AUGCUCUUCAACAAGUCCCUCUUUGCCGUUGCCAUUGUGGCUUUGGCUAACGUUGUGACUGCCACUACCGCGCAGACUCCGGCCUGUGUUCUUAAGAUCAUCGGCAACCAAGCCAACCCGGCCGAUUCGAAGACUAUUUGUGGCUCCAGCGCCAGCAAGAUCCAGUCUGACAUCUCCAAGAACUGUGCCGAUAGCGAGGCCUCCCUGAAGUUCUUCGCCAGCAACUGCGCCCAGCUCGGCCACAAAGUUGCCACUGAUGUUUCCACCACUACCGCUACCUCUACCGGCACUUCUGAGAGCUCUACUGCCACUGGCUUCGUCACCGCUGUGUCCUCUGCCACUCAGACUGGUUCCUCUGUCGUCGCCACUGGCACCAGCGCCGCCGCCGGUACCUCGGGAGUCAGCACUGGCACCGCCUCUGAGUCUGGUGCUGCCGCGUCCCCUAGUUCGACCUUCAACGCCGCUUCGUCCGACCGCCAGUUCUCCGCCACCACUUUUGUUGCUGCGGUGUUCCUUGGCGCUGCUGCUUUGCUGUAA